AGAAGAGAAGUUAUGAAAAGCCCGAAGGAGGAGGAGUGCCGCGCCGAGGACUGGAGUCUCUGUGACGCCUCUCGGGGUGACAGGGGAGCGCGGGCGCCGGCCGGCCGCACGCCCGGACAGCCAGCCUGGCGAGCCGGGAAAGCGCGCGCUCGUGCUCACCGCCGCCUGUGUGCGCCUGCGCAGCCGUUGCCGGGCACCCGCCAGCGAUAGCACAAUCUCGCGCAGGGCUGGCGGCCGCCGGGUUUCCGGAAGCCCACACUUCACCCGGAAAUGGUUGUUGAAGAACAUGGCGUUGCUGUUGCGAGCCCUUAGGAACCGGAUGAGCAUCCCACAGUGGGUUCCAGUAUGCAACCAAUUGGUACCUGUGUCUCCUACACAGGGACAGUGGGGCAGGGCUCUGUCUGGUAUUUGCCUGUUGCCCCAGGUGAGCCAAUCACUAGCAUGUGGUGGAUCAGAACAGAUUCCUGGACUAGAUAUGCAGCUGAGUAGGAAGUAUCACACCACAGAUAAGCCUCUGACUACCAAGGAUUUCCCACUGCCUGUUGAAGAGAAGGUUGGUGCCUUCACGAAGAUAAUAGAAGCCAUGGGAUUCACUGGACCUCUGAAAUAUAGUAAAUGGAAGAUUAAGAUUGCAGCCCUGCGCAUGUAUACUAACUGUGUGGAGAAAACUGACUUCGAGGAAUUCUUUCUAAGGUGUCAGAUGCCUGAUACAUUCAAUUCAUGGUUUCUUGUAACUCUGCUUCAUGUCUGGAUGUGUCUAGUCCGAAUGAAGCAGGAAGGCCGGAGCGGGAAGUACAUGUGCCGUGUCAUAGUUCAUUUUAUGUGGGAGGAUGUUGAGCAGCGUGGCAGAGUCAUGGGGGUUGAUUCCUAUAUCCUGAAGAAGAACAUGAUGUUUAUGACAAAUAAUUUCUAUGUAGCAAUCUUGGGAUAUGAUGAGGGGAUCCUUUCAGAUGAUCAUGGUCUGGCUGCUGCCCUCUGGAGAACCUUCUUCAACCAUGAGUGUGAAGACCCCCGACAGCUUGAGUUGUUGGUGGAGUAUGUGAGGAAACAGAUGCAGUACCUGGACUCCAUGAAUGGUGAAGAUCUGCUUCUGACAGGGGAGGUGAGCUGGCGCCCUCUAGUGGAGAAGAAUCCUCAGAGCGUCCUGAAGCCCCAUUCCCCAACUUACAACGACGAGGGUCUUUGAUGGGCUUGGCCUUCUGAACAGCUGGCCAGCUGGCUUUGAGGAAUUGCCAGGAGAGAGGUGCCUGUUUGGACCAGGACCUUGCAGAAAGUGGCCUGAACUGACCUUUGAACAGCUUCUGUCAAAUACUUGGCCCCAUUGUGUUGAUUUUCCUCUUAGUAUGCGCAGGAGUCUGAUAUGGUGGGCUACGGUCCUUGUAUCUUUGGAGAUAAUCUUUCCCUCAAGAGAAGCCCUGAGCAGGAUCUCCCCAGCAUGUACUCCCCAAGUUCCCUCCAGCAACCAUGUGAUUGACAGAGUUUCCCAAAGGCCACAAGAGGGAUGGGGGUAGGUUAGAAAGGGGACACCCCCCACCAAGGGCUGCUGAGUUAGGAGGAGUAACCAUGCUCUGUCCUCUGGGUUUGAGCUGUGGGGUUGAGUUAGGCAUUAAAAGAAAUAGAGAUUUAUCUCCGCCGUGGAUCUUAUUUAUUCCAGGGUCUUUAGACACUUUCUGAGAUGGCAGAUGCCAUAAACUGAGUAUCGCCUAGCUGAAUUAGAGACAACGAAGGGGAGAGGGUCAGCUGCUGCCUGCACAGCCUGCCAGGCCCCAUCCUCUGAGACCCAGGGGUCCUCUGACGGGCAAGGGGUUUAUCACAUCCUGAGUCAUUUAGAAAGAGGCCUCAAGGACAAAGGUCCCUUUGUCCUCGCUCCCUCCUCCCGCUGAGUUGAAUUGGAUGAGAAACAUGCUGUCUUUCCUUUCUUGGCUUCCCUAAUAUGAGAUACUGGGGAGAAGAAUAGAACACUCUUCUUGGCUCAGUUGUACCAUCCCAGGACCCAGCUCCAUGCUGUUUUCUGCCCCCUCCCCCGCCUCUGGAGCACGUGCUGCAGAGCCACCUUGGUCUGAGCACUUGAGGACCAGUCCCCUCCUCCCUCUUAGUAUGGGUCAUUUCUUGGGGGAUUUUCUUUGAAUUGAAGAAAGGGGGCGGGGAGCCACAUGGAUGCUCCCUCCCCCACAUCAAACUUCCUUCAUUUAACUUGCUAUAAAAUGAGUCAUAUAAAGAAAUUCUAUAUGGGUGAGGUAUAUCCCAGUUCUGUGAAAACAUUACAAAUCAAACCCCCUUCUCUGAGUUUAUUUAAGAUGCUUUUGUUGCAAGUGGAGCUCUAGAGUGAAGCCUCCUCUGUGUGUGUGAGAUAAUAACACCUUGUAACUCAUUACAGCUGGGCACUAUUUACAUAAACCAGAGCUGAGCCAGGCAGGAAUUUGCUGAUUAAUUUAUUUUUAAUGGAGUGAAGUAUACCAUGCACCAAAAUAAACUUUACUGUGUGUACCUAACUGCUCCUGGAAUGGAUGGAAAAAUUAAUGGAACAGAUUUUGGCUCCCAACUCUACACAUUAAUUCAUAUAUAAAAGUAAUUUAAGCCUUAACCCAUUUGCUGCCCAGGGCAGCUCCCCAGCCACAGAUCCCAGCCCACAGCACCAGUUUAGCUACUGGAGUUUCUUUAGAGUCAUGGAAUCUCAGAUUUGGAAGGAACUUUGGAGGUUAUUUAUCCAGCCCUGGUCCAGAGCUGACUCCCCUUCUCAACAUCCCAGUUGGCCUAUGUUCAUACAGGCCCUUUAUGAAUACAUCCAGCAGAAGAUGCUCCCUGCCUGCACAACCAAAUCCUGUCUCCCUAAGAUGAGGAAUCAUCAGACACUGCGAUUGUGAUACAGAGCCGCAUUUCAAAGAGUCAAAUCAGAUCUAUCAUGUCUGUGAUGCCCUAAAGCCCUCAAGGCGUCUUUCUCUGACUAUAUGACACCUUCCCCUUCAAGAUAAAAUCUAGGCUCCUCAGAG